AAAGUGAGCCUGUCCCUUUAAGGGGGUUGGCUGUCAAUCAGAAAUCCCUUUUCAUUGCAGGAGAAGAGGACAAAGAUACUCAGAGAGGAAAAGUAAAGGACUGAAGAAGGAGACUGGAGAGACCAGGAUCCUUCUAGCUGAACAAAGUCAGCCGCAAAGCAGACUAGCCAGCCGGCUACAACUGGAGUCAGAGUUCCAAAGACAUGGGCUUGUUAGAGUGCUGUGCAAGAUGUCUCGUAGGGGCCCCCUUUGCUUCCCUGGUGGCCACUGGAUUGUGUUUCUUUGGUGUGGCACUGUUCUGUGGCUGUGGACAUGAAGCACUCACUGGCACAGAAAAGCUAAUUGAGACCUAUUUCUCCAAAAACUACCAGGACUAUGAGUAUCUUAUCAAUGUGAUUCAUGCCUUCCAGUAUGUCAUCUAUGGAACUGCCUCUUUCUUCUUCCUUUAUGGGGCCCUCCUGCUGGCUGAGGGCUUCUACACCACCGGCGCAGUCAGGCAGAUCUUUGGCGACUACAAGACCACCAUCUGCGGCAAGGGCCUGAGUGCAACGGUAACAGGGGGCCAGAAGGGGAGGGGUUCCAGAGGCCAACAUCAAGCUCAUUCUUUGGAGCGGGUGUGUCAUUGUUUGGGAAAAUGGCUAGGACAUCCCGACAAGUUUGUGGGCAUCACCUAUGCCCUGACCGUUGUGUGGCUCCUGGUUUUUGCCUGCUCUGCUGUGCCUGUGUACAUUUACUUCAAUACUUGGACCACCUGCCAGUCUAUUGCUUUCCCCAGCAAGACCUCUGCCAGUAUAGGCAGUCUCUGUGCUGAUGCCAGAAUGUAUGGUGUUCUUCCAUGGAAUGCUUUUCCUGGAAAAGUUUGUGGCUCUAACCUCCUGUCCAUUUGCAAAACAGCUGAGUUCCAAAUGACCUUCCACCUGUUUAUUGCUGCAUUUGUGGGAGCUGCAGCCACACUGGUUUCCCUGCUCACUUUCAUGAUCGCUGCCACUUACAACUUCGCCGUCCUUAAACUCAUGGGCCGAGGCACCAAGUUCUGAUCUCCCAUAGACAUCCCCCUUUCUCUAAUAGCAAGGCUCUAACCACACAGCCUGCAAUGCUGCGUCUCCCAUCUUAACUCUGCCUUUGCCGCUGACUGGCCCUCUUAUUACUUGAUGACUAUAACAAGAAAGGAGAGUCAUGCAGUGAUUACUGUCUCUCUGUGGACUCUCCCUCUUAUGUACCUCUUUUAAUCAUUUUGCUUCAUAGCUGGUUCCUGCUAGAAAUGGGUAAUACCUGAGAAGGUGACUCCCCAACUGCAAGUCACAAGGGAAUGGAGGCUCUAAUUCAAUUUCCAAGCAUCUCCUGAGGACCAGGAAGUGCUUUCUUAUCAAAGGGCACUUCCUCUGAUGGAUACAAAGUGGGAAGAAAGAUGCUGAGGUAGAGAGAAGGAAUGUCCUUGGUCUCCUUGCCAUCAAUAGUGGCCAAAUAUAUUCUCCUUGGUGUACAAAAAACAGAGAAUGCACUCCUGUCUCCCUAUUACCACUGAAGAUAGAAGGUAAAAAAGAGGAAUGCUAGCAAAACAAUAAAAACAUUUGCCCAAAUCUGCCUAUUGCAGCUAGGAGAGGGGUCAAAGCAAGGAUCUUUCACUCUUAGAAAGAGAGCAUUGAUCCCCCGUGGCAAUGGACUAUUUAAGCCCUAACUCAGCCAACCUUACUUAUAGCAAAAGGGAGAGUAGUGUCUGUAGACAAAGGGGACGUCUUGCCUUAUACCGUGUUAGAAAGAUAAACAGGGUGUUUUCAACAUCUUCUCACUCCCUACUCCUUGAUAACAGCUACCAUGACAACCUUGCGGUUUCCAAGGAGCUGAGAAUAGAAGGAAACGAGCUUAUAAGAAAUAAGACUGGCCUAAAGAGCAGCAGUUGCUGGUGGCUAACAGUAUAACUCUGAGAUGACCCUCUGGUAGACUCAGGAUAGAUAACACUUUGGACAGCAUGUCUUUUUUUCUGUUAAUUAGUUGUGUACUCUGGUCUCUGUCAUAUCUUCACAAUGGUGCUCUUUUCCUGGGGUUUUAUCCAUUCACUGUAGUAGGUGAUUUGAAGAUCUUGAUUUGUUUCAAAAUGAUACACAUUUCACAUUUUCCAAUUUGUUUCUCACUUGUUUGGGAUCGUAUCAAAAAGGUCUGGAGAAUGAGUCUUUGAUUAUAAUUCUUUAAAAAAAAAGGAAAAGUGGACAAUAAGCAUUACAAAUGAUAUUUAAAAUUGGCUAGUUCCAUGAGUCUAUUAGGAUUUUGUAUAAGUAUUCUGCCCUUUGUAGAAACAGAUUUGGUGGAUUUGGUCCUCAAUUUAAAUAACCUGUUUGAUCAUUUUUUUUCUGGCUAAUGGGAGGUGAUUUUACUUAGCAAUGUUGUCUUGGAAUGUUAAGAAUUAGGUUUAAUGAAGGUUAUUUUCUCUUGGUAUAGAUCACGUAACAAAGCACACAAGCUGUUAGGUAUUCAGUUGGUAAGCUUCCAUGGAAAAGGACAGACAGAAAGAGUUUGAAACCUAAAUAUUUCCCAGAUUUUGGUCUUCUCCUGUUUCUGUUAACUUUGGAUUAAAAAAAACUGGUUUUUAUUGGAGGGAAGAUUUUUUACUGUAGACUUUUGUUGUAAAGAAUUAUGUUGUAUUUUUCCUCCCAAAGUGGUUUCAGCAAGGUUUAAGGAGAUAUAAGAUCUUUACAAAAAGACACUUGAUACUUGCUUUCAGACCAGUAUACAAAUAAGCUUGCAGGUUGCACAGAGCAAAGAGAAGAAAAAGGUCCUGUAAGAAACCAAUCAAGAUCAAGGAAAGUGAAGUAACCUAUACCUUGUAUUUUGUUUUCAUUUAAUAACAUAACAAAUAACCAACCUUCCCUGAAAACCUCAUAUGCAUACAUACAUACAUGUACACACAAAAAGAGAGUUAAUCAACUGAAAAUGUUUCCUUCAUUUCUGAUAAAGAAUUUCAAUUUUAACACACAUAAAGAAUAAACUUUUAGAAACUUAUCUUAUAAAAUGUAUUUUAUAAAAUUAAAGAAAAUAAAAUUAAGAAUGUUCUCAAUCAAA